CUUACCCGCUCCCCCCGUGGCGUAUAUGUAGCGCCCCUCGCAUCUCCGUUCAUUUUACUCGCUGCUCUCUUUGGCAUUUAGAGUGUUGGACUCUCGGGCUGCUCCUCCUCCGGCCAAUGGUGAAGCGCCCGACGAGGCUAGCAGCAGCACGCGGCGGGAUCGUGCUCCCGUGAUCGAGUGAGCCGCCUCAUCUGCUGCUCAAGGAGACUACACUAGGACUGACUGAAUCGACACAAGGCAACCAGUCGUACGUACGUACAGAUGGCCGAGAUUGACACGAGGCCCCUAGAAUCUGUGCAGUCCGCCCUGAAUCUCUUCGAGCAGAGAAGCGACCACAGCAGGUUCAGCAGCCCUGACAGAAACGGGCAGGAGAUCGACGUCGUGACCAAGGAGCUGGCGACCUGCAAGCUGCAGCUGGAGGCCAAGGAGAGCGAGAACAAGCAGGCGCACAUGAAACUGGAGGCCCUGCGGAAGUCCAUGCAGGAGCUCUCGGAGAAGUACGACCGGGCGUGCCUGGACGCGCACCGCCGCAUCACCGAGCUCGAGGCCGACAACGUCGCCAUCACCACCAGGCAGUCCCAGGCGGCGGCCGAGUGCGAGGCGCUGCGCGACGAGCUUGACGUCGCGGUGGACGAGCUCGACGCCGUGAAGCGCGCCAACGCGUACGUGCUCGGGGAGGUGGAGUCCAUGGAGACGCGGCGGAUCCUGGAGCGGGAGAGCGCGCGGGACGGGCUGAUGCGCGUGCUGGAGCUCAACGAGGCCGUGCUGGAGUCGGCCGUCGCGGCCAUCAGGGCGGAGGAGGAGCGGUCCGUGUACUUCCAGGAAGUCACGCUCGAGCUGUUCAGCUCUGACAAGAACCUGAAGACCAUCAGGAGGCAGAAGGAGACGAUGGAGGGCAUGGAGGGGGAGCUGCUGGCCAAAACGGUGGAGGUCGAGUGUCUGCGGUCUGAGCUCAUACAGCUCAAGGACCUUUACGUCUCGGUGUCAGAACGGGUCAUGGUUCCGGCCUCGACGGCGGUGCGCCAUGCCGACGGCGAUGCUGGGGCAAACCCUGCCGACACGGGUGGGUCGUGUGAUGACGACCACGUCGACGUCAAUGCUGGCAAGUCUGACAAUGACAAGGGAAGCCAAGAACCACGAGGAGAAGUCGCUGCUGAUCUUGUCAAUGGCUGUCCAGAAGUUGCAGAAGCCUAUUUUGACAUUGAAUUGCCGAGGGAGGACUGUCGAAACAUUCAAUCUGGUGACGGGAAUAUCAACGUUGCAACGUCUGCUGAUGUCGUGCAAGUUCAGGCAGGACAGAGAAGGAGAGUUCGUUUCAUGCCUGAAAGCCCGAUGGAGGAUUUCAAGAGCGUGAACUCUGAGUGUUGCAAGUUCAUGGACGCCGGGAUCGGCAUGCGUGAGAACCUGGCAGCAAAGAGAGGCUUAGAGUCAGAGACUGCAGGUGCCGGCUUUGUCUCCGAGAUCGUGAAGGUGAAGAACUCCAAAGAGGCCGAUGGCGACGGCGAGUUGUACACGAAGGAGGCUGUGGACGUCGACAGGCUCGGCGACGGGUACGUGCUCGUGGCGAAGGAGCCCGACGGCGGGGCUCUCAAGGACGACAGGCUGCACGCGGCGCAGGCGGAGAUCAGCGACCUGAGGUUCAGCCUGGAGGAGGCGACGAGGCGGGCCGAGCUGGCGGAGGAGGCCAAGGCGGCGCUGGAGAGGGAGCUGCGGGAGGAGAUCCAGACGAAGCAGCGCACGCCGCGGCCACGCGCUCCAGGGGAGGACGGUCGCCUAAGGCGCGUGGAGAGCACCCCCGCCGCGCCUUCCUGGCGGCGGCCGACGCCGUCCCAGGCACCAGGAGGCGGGAAGAGAGGCGGCGCCAGGCCGCCUGCGUCGCCGGGCUGCCUGACCCUGGGGAAGGCGCUGAACAUGAAGUACAAGUGAAGCGCGCCAGGGUUUCGAACCGUGUCAGGUGUCACAAAUUUCGCCUGCGUGUAAUCUCAGAACGAUGGAUGUGAAGCAAAUGUAAUGUCAUCUGCUUGUGUUCGUACUUGCAAUUCCCUUUAUCUUGAAAAAAAUGGUGUUUGAACUUGCACCUCAAAUUCAAAUGCUGCCAAAGAAUUCACUUUUGCUACAUCUUGUCACAGGUGGUUCAGUUUCUCCGUUUAAGUCGAUUUCCUUUUGUUAGGCUGGUCAUAGUGGGGCAUAACUUAUGCUAGUGUCAUGCAUAUGACACUAGUCUAAGUUACCACUUUCAUAGUGCAAAGUAACAUAAUACUAGUGUUAUA